CACAAGAGUAGGGUCUGGGGAGGGUGUGUGUACGCAGACCUUACCCCUACUCGAAAGUAGAGAGGCUGUUUCCAAAGAGACCCCCGGCUCAACGUCGAAAGUUGCAUUGCUUGACUAACUGCUACUUCAUUAAUUAAAGAAGCGCAGACAGUUUAGAGAUCCAUUUUGAUUUAUUCCAUCACACCCCAAAGCCAAAAAUGACCGAUCGGCUUCAUAAUCACGCGCCGUCGAGGUCGGCCAUCCGGUGGCAUACUUCGAACCAAUUCAGUUACAAGAUAUUCCUAUUUCUCUGUUGAAAGAUUGCAACAAUGGCUAAUAUGGUCAUAACAACGAUACUAGAAAAGAUGACUGGAAAGGACAAGGAUUACAGAUACAUGGCAACUUCUGAUUUGCUCAAUGAAUUGAAUAAAGAGGGAUUUAAACUUGAUGCUGAACUUGAAGCAAAGGUGUGUAAUGUUGUAAUACAGCAGCUAGAUGACGCAGCGGGUGAUGUUUCUGGAUUAGCUGUAAAAUGCCUUGCACCUUUGGUAAAGAAGGUUCGUGAGCCGCAAGUCUUGGAGAUGACAGACAAGCUUUGUGAUAAACUGCUAAAUGAGAAAGAGCAACAUCGAGAUAUUUCAAGCAUUGCAUUAAAGACAAUUGUUUCUGAAGUUCCUUCAUCUGUUGUGCAAUCUAUUCUCGUCUCUAUCUCCCCUAAGUUGAUUAAGGGAAUAACAGCGCCUAAGAUGAACACAGAAAUAAAAUGUGAAUGCCUUGACAUAUUGUGUGAUGUUCUUCACAAGUAUGGGACUCUGGUUACAUCUGAUCAUGAUGUAUUGCUGAGUGCAUUAAUACCUCAGUUAAGUUCCAACCAAGCCAGUGUUAGAAAGAAAAGUGUAUCAUGUUUAGCAUCUUUGGCAUCAAGCUUGUCUGAUGAUUUAUUGGCAAAGGUCACAACUGAAGUGGUAAAACUGUUGAGCAAUAAGGGAUCAAAACCUGAGAUGACACGAACUAACAUUCAGAUGAUUGGGGCGCUAAGCCGUGCUGUUGGGUAUCGUUUUGGUCCCCACUUGGCUGAUGCGGUUCCAAUACUUAUAAACUACUGUGUUACUGCAUCUGAGAAUGAUGAGGAAGUUCGUGAGUAUAGUCUGCAGGCACUUGAGAGUUUCUUGCUAAGGUGCCACAGGGAUAUUUCUUCUUACUGUAUUAAAAUUUUGCAUCUUACUCUUGAAUUUCUGAGCUACGAUCCAAAUUUCACGGAUAAUAUGGAAGAAGACACAGAUAAUGAACUUCAGGAGGAAGAUGAGGACGAUGAAAGUGCGGAUGAGUAUACUGAUGAUGAAGAUGUUAGCUGGAAGGUUAGGAGAGCAGCUGCAAAAUGCUUAGCAGCACUAAUUGUGUCUCGCCCUGAAAUGAUCUUGAAGUUAUAUGAGGAGGCUUGCCCAAAGUUAAUUGAUAGGUUUAAAGAAAGAGAAGAAAAUGUCAAGAUGGACAUGUUCAACACAUUCAUUGAGCUGCUGCGACAAACAGGAAAUAUCACGAAGGGACAUUCAGACUUCAACCAGUCAAGUCCUAGAUGGUUGCUAAACCAAGAGGUACCCAAAAUUGUUAGAUCUAUAAAUAAGCAGCUUCGGGAGAAGUCUGUGAAAACAAAGGUUGGUGCAUUUUCAGUUUUAAAAGAAUUGGUGAUUGUCCUGCCCGAUUGCCUUGCAGAGCAUAUUGGGUCACUCAUUCCUGGAAUUGAAAAGGCAUUAUGUGACAAGUCUUCUACGUCAAACUUGAAGACCGAAGCCCUUCUUUUCACUAGAUUAGUAUUGGCUUCUCAUUCUCCUCCUGUUUUCCACCCACAUAUUAAGGCGAUAUCUAGUCCUGUAAUAGCUGCUAUUGGUGAGCGAUACUACAAAGUUACAGCAGAAGCAUUAAGAGUUUGUGGUGAACUUGUUCGUGUUUUGCGACCUGAUAUUCAUGCUCACUGUUUUGAUUUCAGACCCUAUGUUCAUCCCAUAUACAAUGCCAUUAUGGCACGCUUCACUAACCAAGAUCAGGAUCAGGAGGUUAAGGAGUGUGCCAUUACUUGCAUGGGGCUUGUUGUUUCAACUUUUGGUGAUCACUUGCAAACUGAAUUACCUACUUGCCUUCCAGUUCUUGUUGACCGGAUGGGAAAUGAAAUAACUCGUCUAACUGCAGUGAAGGCUUUUGCGGUCAUAGCAGCUUCUCCAUUGCACCUUGACCUAUCAUGUGUUAUAGAGCAAGUGAUUGCUGAGCUAACUGCAUUUUUACGGAAGGCCAAUCGGGCACUUAGGCAAGCUACUCUUGGGACACUAAACACCCUCAUUGUUGCCUAUGGUGAUCAAAUUGGGUCAGCUGCAUAUGGAGUUAUUGUUGUGGAACUUUCAUCAUUGAUAAGUGAUUCUGAUCUGCAUAUGACUGCACUAGCACUGGAGCUCUGCUGUACCCUAAUGGCUGACAGGAGAUCGAGCUCAAGUGUUGGCUUGACUGUGAGAAAUAAAGUUCUUCCUCAAGCACUGGUUCUGGUGAAAAGCUCACUGCUUCAGGGUCAAGCUCUCUUGGCUCUACAAAACUUUUUUGCUGGUUUGGUUUCUUCAGCAAAUACAAGCUUUGAUGAGCUACUUGCGUCUCUGCUAUCAACUGCCAGACCUACCCAGUCUGGUGGUGUUGCAAAACAAGCCUUAUUUUCUGUUGCACAGUGUGUAGCUGUUCUCUGCCUUGCUGCGGAGGGUAAAAAAUUGUCAUCUACCGUAAAUAUGCUCACAGAGAUCCUAAAAGUAGAUAGCAGCACUAAUUCGGCCAAGCAACACCUUGCCUUGCUAUGCUUAGGAGAAAUUGGGCGAAGAAAAGAUCUAAGCUCACACACUCAUAUAGAAAAUAUUGUGAUAGAGUCCUUCCAGUCACCAUUUGAAGAGAUAAAGUCAGCUGCUUCUUAUGCUCUUGGUAACAUUGCUGUUGGUAACUUACCAAAGUAUCUACCCUUCAUCCUAGACAAAAUUGAUAACCAGCAAAAGAAACAGUACCUACUGCUUCAUUCAUUGAAGGAGGUAAUAGUAAGGCAAUCUGUGGACAAAGCUGAGUUUCAGGAUUCUAGUGUUAACAAGAUACUUCAUCUGCUAUUCAACCACUGUGAAAGUGAGGAAGAGGGUGUUCGAAACGUGGUGGCUGAAUGCCUGGGAAAAAUAGCCCUUAUUGAACCAGAAAAACUCGUUCCAGCCUUGAAGGAAAGAACUUCUAAUCCAGCUGCUUUCACCCGAGCAACAGUGGCAAUUGCUGUGAAAUAUUCUUUAGUUGAGAGGCCUGAGAAGAUAGAUUCAAUUUUGUCAAAUGAGAUCUCAUCCUUCCUCAUGCUCAUCAAGGAUGAUGACCGGCACGUUAGGCGUGCCGCUGUUUUAGCAUUGAGUACUGCUGCUCAUAAUAAGCCUAACCUAAUAAAGGGUCUUCUGCCAGAAUUGUUGCCUCUCCUCUAUGACCAGACUACAAUUAAGCAAGAAUUGAUCAGAACAGUUGACUUGGGUCCUUUCAAGCAUACAGUAGACGAUGGGCUAGAAUUGCGAAAAGCUGCAUUUGAAUGCAUGGACACGUUGUUGGACUCCUGUCUUGACCAAGUGAAUCCUUCAUCUUUUAUUGUUCCAUAUCUUCAGUCUGGUCUUGAUGACCAUUAUGACGUUAAAAUGCCGUGCCACCUUAUCCUGUCAAAACUUGCAGAGAAGUGCCCUUCAGCUGUCUUAGCUGUUUUGGAUUCUUUAGUGGAUCAUCUCCAGAAAACUAUAAAUUUUAGACCAAAACAAGAUGCUGUUAAACAAGAGGUAGACCGCAAUGAAGACAUGAUUCGAAGUGCCCUCCGAGCAAUUGCAUCCUUGAAUCGUAUUGGAGGAGUGGAUUACAGCUACAAGUUUAAAAACCUCAUGGCAGAAAUUGCAAAGUCCCAAACUUUAUGGGACAAGUACUGUUCCAUCAAGAACGAGUGACUUUUUCCUAUCUGUACCCAAGGAAUGCGUAUACAAACUCUAUCCUCCACACAAAUGAGAAGGCAAGGAUUGAUUCAACCCGCCUGGAGCGUUAUUCCUCUAAAAGUCUCGAGUAAUUUGUAAGUUGGUAUUUUCUUUAACUCACACAAUCCAGUUUGGAGAUUUUGUAAUGUAUAGCAUCAGUGUGGUUUUCACCAAUGAUGCCUAGUUUUGUCCACUUGGUCAACUUCAAGAUUGGAUUCCUAGUUUGAAUGAAUGGGUUCUUGUUUG